AUGGAGGAGUGGCUUAGACCUCUUGUUGAGGCCAAGCAAUGGGACUAUUGUGUUGUUUGGAAACUGGGUCAUGACCCAACUAGGUUUAUUAAAAUGGUGGGUUGCUGUUGUGGUGGUGGUUAUGACUACUGUGCUAAUGUUAAGGAGGAAGAAGGAGCUCAGGUUUGCAGAGAUGGGUACCUUGAGCAUCGUAUUAAGACCAAGGCUUGUGUGGCUCUGGCUCAGCUGCCUGAUUCAAUGCCUCUCUAUUCUGGGGUUCAUACUGAAGUGAUCAUUUCAGACCAACCCAGAUGGAUUAGUAAUGCCUUGGAUUCAAAUCAUCCAGAAUCACAUGACUCGAAAGGAACCCGAGUUUUGAUCCCGCUGCUGCUCAGUGGUCUUAUUGAGCUCUUCACCACAGACAAUCUUCCAGAAAACCAAGAGAUGUUAGACUUGCUUAUGGAAUCCUUUAAUGCCAAUGUGAACCUUAAAGGCAGUGCAAACCUUGAUGAACUUCAUAUUGACCCAAUGAAGGAGAAGUUCUUGCCUAAGGUGUGUCCUAGACCACAGCUUACCUCAAGGACCCAAUCUACUUCAUGUCCUAGCCGCGAGGGAUCAUCCAGUGGUUCAAACCCUUCCACUGAACAUCGACCAUUUAACUUAAGUUCUGAUCAACUGCCACCAUAUGGAUAUGUGAUGCCUUCUGAGAAAUCCUCUCGCUUCAGAAAGCCAGAGUUUCGUGACAACUUGUUGAAGCAACAAGUAGUGGAGAAAGAUAAUGCAAGGGGUGUGGGGAGGACAGGAAGUGAGCAUUUCCGUUCCAAGAAUCUCAACGCAGAGAGAAAGAGAAGGAAUAGAAUUAAAGAAGGGGAACUUGCUUUACGUGCUCUAGUGCCAAAGAUAACCAAGAUGGAUAGAGCUUCUAUUCCAGCAGAUGCUAUUGAGUACAUAAAAGAGUUGCAGCAGCAGGUGAAAGAACUAGAAGAGGAGCUGAGGGAAAUGGAAGAAGAGGACUCUGCAAAUAACGAAGUAGAUUUACAUGUUUCGGCGCUGGAUAAGAACAAACGAGGCAGCAGCAGCUUGACUUGUACAGACCACAAGCAGAUAUCUAGCAUUGCCCUAAAAAUUCCAACUGAGGUGCAUUUGGAGGUGUACCAGCUUAGCAAAAAAGAAUGUUUGAUCAAGUUGUUCUGUGAGCACAACCGAGGUGGGUUUACAAGGUUGAUAGAAACUAUGGAUUGCUUAGGACUUGAAGUAGUGGAUGCCAAUGUUACCACAUUUGACAGAAAUUCCCUAAUCAUUCUCAGAGUCGAGGCGAAUGAGGAUAUUCAAGCAAAGAAAUUGAAAGAUUUGCUGAUCAAGCUAACAAGGGGGAGAAAUUAG